AUGAAACUCGCUUUAGCCUUCUUGGCCAUUGUGGCCCUGGUGACGGCCAAUGCUAUACCAAAGAAAGAACUCUAUGCUGAUAAGGAUUUUCUACUCAAGCAAAAAUUCCUCUUUGAAAUUGUCUAUCGUGUGGAGGGUCCUUUAAUGUUCGAGGACUACAUCAAGUUGGGCAAGAGCUUUACCUACAACAAGCAGGACUAUGAGUUUCCUGAACAUUACGAUGCCUCGUAUAUGAGCAAAUACUACAAAGCCUAUCAACAUGGUGUCACCCUGCCCAAAGGCGAGUUCUUUGGCGCUUUGGUAGAUACUCACAUGGAACAAUUGUAUGGUUUGACCGAUUUCUUGCUGUAUGCCAAAACUUGGGAUAUCUUUCAGCGCAAUGUCUGCUGGGCUCGCCUUUAUGCCAAUGAGGGCAUGUUUGUCCAGGCUUUAACAUUGGCUGUCAUGCAUCGCCCUGACUUCAAGGAUUUGGUGUUGCCUGCCAUCUAUGAAAUUUUCCCCCAAUAUUUCCUCAACAGCAAAUUCGUCUAUCAGGCUGAGAAAUUCGAUUAUGAUGUAUGGAGCAAAUACAUCAUGUACGAGAAGGAAUACAAAGAUGUGGUCUAUACAGAUUACACGAAAUAUUUCAAGGACAACGAUCGCUUCUACAAAUAUUUCUAUACCAGGGAUUGGAAGGUCUGGCAGUGGUGGAAGAUUAUAGGCUUGGAUCAACAUUGGUAUGCCAAUGAUCAGUUCAUCAUACGUGAUAACGCCUACACCUAUAGCAAGGAUUCCAAAUAUUUGGAUAUCAUGAAGGAUGUGAAAAUGUUCUGGAUGCCUGUGGACUAUACACGCGAUAUUGAGUUCUUCAAUCGGGAAUCAAAGAUUUCCUACUUUACCGAAGAUUUGGAAUGGAAUGCCUUCUGGUAUUAUUUCAACUUGGGCUAUGCGGCCUACCUAAAGGGCGCUGAGCAGGAUCGUCGAGGAGAGUAUUAUAUUUACUGCCUGGAGGGUUUGCUUAAACGCUACUACCUGGAACGUCUGUCCAAUGGAUUUGGGGAAAUUCCCGAAUUCUCUUUCCUCACUGAAGUCGAAUAUGGUUAUGAUCCUCAGUUGAUACACUACAAUGGUGAGGGCUACAGCUAUCGCAAGAAUUACUAUGACAUUGAGUCCUUUGGCAACUUUGAGUAUGUGCAUAAGAUUAAGGAUUUCUUUGAGCGUCUGGAUGGAAUUAUCACUCAAGGCUACUAUGUGACUGCCGAUGGCCAGAAAUUUGAUAUGCAUAAGCCCCAGGCCAUUGAACAUCUGGGAGAUAUGCUGCAGGGCAAUGUAGAUGUCUACGACAAAUACUUCUUCCGUUUCUGGUAUUUGUAUGCCCACAUGUACUUUGGCCAUGCCGAUGAGAGCAGCGAUUUCGUUUUGCCCAAUGUCUUUCUAAACUAUGAGACCAUGUUGCGUGAUCCCUUGUUCUAUCAGUUCUACAAGAAGGUCUUGGAUGUGUUCCAUCAGUUCUACGAACAUGUGGAACCCUACACAAAAGAAGAGCUCCAAUUCCCAGGAGUCGAAAUUGAGGAUGUAACCGUUAAUAAUUUGGUAACCUAUUUCGAUUUGGUGGAUUUUGAUGUUACCAAUUUGCUGAAUGACAAGAUGACCUUUGUGGAUGGCCAAUUUGUUUGGGACAAAACCUUGUUGGCUCGUCAAGUUCGUCUCAAUCAUAAGAACGUUGAGUUUUAUUACACCAUUAAAUCCGAAAAGGAGGAAAAGGUUGUAGUGCGUGUCUUCUUCGGUCCCAAGUACGAUGAAUUUGGCCGUAUUAUUCCUUUGGCUAGAAAUCACAAAAAUUUCAUUGAAAUGGAUAAUUUUGUGCAUCAACUGAAGGCUGGAAAAAAUUUGAUCAAGCGCAGCACUGAGGACUUUUUCUGGCUGAGACAGGAUCAUACCACCUACACUGAAAUGUACAAAUUUGUAAUGUCCGCCUAUGAGGGCAACUUUGAAUAUCCCUUGGGAUUGACCGAACCUUUGUGCAGUUUCCCCGAUCGUCUGCUGUUGCCCCAAGGCUGGCCCGAGGGUAUGCCCAUGCAAUUCUUCUUCUUUGUCUAUCCCUAUGUCGGUUCGCUGGAGAAUAAUACAUAUGAAUCGGAUUAUGGCUGCAGCAUACGUCAUGGAAUACCCACCAUUGACGAUAAGGCUUUUGGAUAUCCCAUGGAUCGCAAAAUCAAUGAGUUUGAGUUUUAUGUGCCCAACAUGUAUUUCAAGGAUGUUAAGAUCUAUCAUGAAAAUGCCCUCAAAAAGUUGUAUGGUGAAAAGUAUGAACAUUUUGGAACUUUCGAUUAUACAUAUUUCCAUGAAAAAUACGAUAAAACGAUUAUACCAUUAGGACAUCUGUUGAAGGUCAUGGAAGAAUCCGUUGUACAAAAUUGUGGCAAAAUCGAAUAA